UUUCGUUAGUAUAUUCUGUGGAGGAGAUUAUGGAACAGUUUCGAGUUCGAGGGGAAGCCGCGGAAUACCAGAACGUGUAAAAUGGCGGAUAACGACAUCGAUUUAUAUGCUGAUGAUAUAGAGCAGGAUUUCGCACAAGAUGAAUAUUCUGGCGAAAAUGUUGAUCUAUACGAUGACGUUAUUGCAACUCCGGCUGCAUCAAAUAAUGCAGAAAAUGCGGACACAAAAUUUGAAAACCGUUCAAAUGAAAAUACAAAUGGGGCUGUAGUAGCUGCAGCAUCGCAUAACACAUCAGGUAGAAGACAUCAACUGUAUGUGGGAAAUCUAACAUGGUGGACUACUGACCAAGAUAUAGCUAAUUCCAUUCAUAGCAUUGGCAUAAAUGAUUUUCAUGAAGUUAAAUUUUUUGAGCAACGUGCAAAUGGUCAGUCAAAGGGUUUUUGUGUGAUUUCUCUUGGUUCAGAUGCCAGCAUGCGAAAAUGUUUGGAUUUGCUGCCUAAAAAAGAACUCAAUGGUCAGCAUCCAGUUGUUACACCAACUACAAAGCAGGCACUUUCAAAUUUCGAAAGCCAAUCAAAAACUCGACCUUCUCCAUCAAAUAAUACUAAUUCAAGACCACCACAUCAAGGUCCCCCAAAUCAAGGCCCUAUGCCAAACUUUGGAGGAAGAAUGCCUAUGAACCAAGGUCCAAUGAGGGGACCAAUGGGUCCUCCAGGUGGUCCCAGAAUGCAAGGCCCACCAGGUUAUAAUGGCCCUCCCAAUAUGAAUCAACAACCACCGAGAUUUCAGGGACAACCACAGUGGAAUGGACCUCCACGACCCAAUGGUCCUGGACCAAACAUGGGACCGAUGCGUCCAGGUCCUCCGCCAGGUCCUCAAGGUCCACCCAGACCUCAUAUGUUCCAAGGACCACCACAGGGUCAAGCGCCCAGAAUGCCUCAACAAGGACCCCCUCCUGGUGGUCCCGGUAUGCGUCCUGAUUGGAAUCGUCCACCGAUGCAGCAAGGCUUCCCACAGGGUCCUCCUCCAAUGCAAGGACCUCCUAGGGGGCCGCCGCCGAUGCAAGGUCCACCAGGAGUCAUACCGCCGCAGGGACCACCCCAAGGACCCGCUCCACAUGUUAAUCCGGCCUUUUUCCCACAAGCAGGAGGCCCGCCACCUAUGCAAAUGGGUGGACCCGGGCCGGGACCUAUGGUUAUGCCACAAGGCCCUCCUCAUGGGCCACCCCACGGUCCUCCCAUGGGACCCCAACAGGCUCCUCCACACGGACCACCUCACGCUUACGGUCCUCCAACAAACAUGAGCCAGCCACCUUACGGAGGACCGCCACCCGAGCAUAGAUCAGAUAUUCCUCCGAUUAGUGAGCAGGAGUUUGAGGAUAUCAUGUCUCGAAACAGAACUGUCUCGUCCUCGGCCAUUGCUAGGGCUGUUUCUGACGCGGCCGCUGGAGAGUAUGCCAGCGCCAUCGAGACAUUGGUAACGGCCAUUUCGUUGAUCAAGCAAUCGAAAGUGGCUAAUGAUGACAGGUGCAAAAUUUUGAUCAGUUCGUUGCAAGACACGUUGCGAGGUGUCGAAGAUAAAAGCUAUAGCAGCUCGUCGAGAAGAGACAGGUCUAGGUCUAGGGAUAGGUCUCACAGAAGAGUGAGACGUGAAAGAUCUUCAUCAAGGAUAUUUGAAACGAAAUUAAAGAAUGAUAACCCUAAAAUGCGGUAUCCUAGUAACCGGAAUGAAUCUGUGUAUCGAGACAGGAGCAGGGACAGAGAACGCGAUAGGGAUCGCGACCGUGAGCGCGAGAGAGACAGAUAUUACACGGAUAGUUACAGGGAGAGGGAAAGAGAUAGAGAUCGUUCCAGGAGUCGCGAAAGGCUAGAGAGAGAACGGGAAAGGGAUUACAGAGAAAGAGAACCUGAAGAACCUAGGCCACGAGUGUCCAGACCCAGGAACAAGUCGCCGGUGGAGCCGCCCGAAGCUAGCGCCGAUACUUCGUCGAAAUCCCGCUACUACGAAGAGCGCUCGUAUCGCGAGAGAGAACGAGAAUCGGGUCGCGGUCGCGAAAGCGAGAGGGAAAGAGAUAGAGAUACUAGGGAUAGGAGAGACGAAUCUCAUCGGUCCCGCCACUAAAGCGCGCGUCGGUAUCAAUUUACCGCCUUUUUCUUUUCAAAGUACAGUGUUAGCAUUUUAUUUGAUUUUCUCAUUUUAAUAUUCGUUAAAACAUAAGUUAUAAGGGUUUUUAGUCAAGAUUAAGGGUAUAUUACCAAAAAUGGCAUAUGCUGUCAAAUGUCACAGAUAUUUACAUAAACUAUAUAUUUUUUCAAUAGGAAUGGGAGAUUCUUUGGGCCUUCUAAUGUAUAGGGCGUCCCAUUUAACAAAUAUUUAUAUCUAUAUCUGACUUUUGACAUGGUAUGCCAUACGUGGAUUAUUCAUAUUAAAAAACUUGACCAAAUGCUCUGUAAGUUGAUUUUUAAGGAAUGUCAAAUUCAAACCGGUUAAAUGUGGUAGAAAAUAAAAUGCUAACACUGUGUCAUUGGCUUGCUUGUAACACUUUCUAUAUUUUAGGAAUAUUAACUAAGUGUAGAGUUUCUUUUUAGUAAGGAAGUUUUAACUGAUUUCGAACUAUUUCCAAAAAACUCGAUUUUGGCGGUUUUCGCGAAAAUUUUAAUUGUAUUUUUCAAAUCACUCUAUUCGUGUAAGGUAUCAUGUACGAUUAGUAUCUAGAAUAUUAAAUGCUUCGGUUUAAUUUCCUCUAUAUCUCUUUGAUUUUGCUGUAAAAUUACGGAAAUACACUCAACAUAGCCAAUCAACUUAGAUUCGUAGUCUUUGAUGUUUAUCGUUGGUGUAAUCGUAUAAUUAUUCGGUGUUUUCGGACAAGUUCAGCGAGGAAUUUGAAGAAAAGAAGACAAAUCAAAGAAGAAUGUACAAUUUGGAUUAAAGAAAUUGUUUGGAAAAUAUA